CUUCCAACUCAAUUCUAUGUGAUCGUAUGAAUCUCUAAUACACCAUACUGACGCUUUAUCCAUAAAGUGCUCCGGAAACUGCAGCAUGAAGACGAAGAAGAAGCUCUCUUCAGCCCGCAGUAGCUCGGAGAUUGAAGACCACGAUGAUGCUAAGAUGGAGGUCUCUACCGAGAGCUCCAAAAGAAAAGAGCCUUUCUCAGCAGCGAAGAAUCCACCAGCAACUAAAAAGAAGGACACUGACUCAGAGGAAGGUAGGGAAGGAAUGAACGAAGUCCUGGACGCAAUAAAACAGCUAACUGGAAAAGUGGACACGCUAGAUGUCCAGCAGCUGUUGGUGACUAAAGAAGAGCUUCCACCUGAGCAGCAGGAGUGGAGCCACAUUCUGGACCAGGAGGACACUAAGCCCCAACACAUUAAAGAAGAACAUGAGGAACUGUGGAGCAGUCAGGAGGAAGAACAGCUUAAAGGACUGGAGGAGGCUGAUACCACCAAAUUCCCCUUCACUCCUGUCUCUGUGAAGAGUGAAGAUGAUGAAGAGAAACCUCAGUCCUCACAGCUUCAUCAGAGACAAACUGAACAGAUGGAAACAGGAGUUGAUGGAGAGGACUGUGGAGGAGCAGAACCAGAGAGGUACUCAGAUCCAGACAGACGUUUACAACCAGAGACUGAGGUCGAGACUGAAGACUCUGAUGAACCUGAGACUGAUGACAGUGAUGACUGGCAAGAGACAAGAGAAGAUCUGUCAGAAUUAAACUUGAAAAAUAAGAAACUAAAGACUGGUAACAGACCACAUAGUUGCUUGGAUUGCGGAAAAAGAUUCAACCAAAAAGGGCAUCUGACCAUUCACAUGAUGAUUCACACUGGACAGAAACCCUUCAGUUGCUCUCAGUGCGGUAAAAGAUUUAACCAAAAAGGGCAUCUGACCACACACAUGAAGAUUCACACUGGAGAGAAACCAUUCAGUUGCUGUCAUUGUGGAAAACGAUUUAGAGAAAAGGGGGCUCUGAAGAUACACGUUAAAAUUCACACUGGGGAGAAACCCUUCAGCUGCUCUAUUUGCGGUAAAGCAUUUCAAGAAAAAGGAUACCUAACCAAACACAUGUUUGUUCACACAGGGGAGAAACGCUUCAAAUGCUCUGAGUGUGGUAAAAGAUUUAAUUUUAAGUCUAAUUUGACAUAUCACAUGGCAAAUCACAGAAGGGAGAAACCCUUUAGCUGCUCUGAGUGUGGUAAAAUGUUUUACCUGCAACGAAAGCUGACUAGCCACAUGAUUACUCAUAUGGGAGAAAAACCCUUCAGCUGCUCCAAGUGUGGUAAAAGGUUUAGUUCGAAGAGUAAUGUGGCCAGUCACAUGAUGAUUCACAGUGGAGAGGAAGACUACAGCUGCCCUCAAUAUGAGAAAGGAUUUGCCAAUAAGUCUAGUGUGACAUAUCACAAAAGGGAGAAACUCUUUAACUGCUCUGAGUGUGGUAAAAGGUUUAGCAUUAACAGAUACCUGACCAAUCACAUGAUGAUUCACAGAGAGAAACGCUACAGCUGUUCUCAGUGUGAGAAAAGAUUUACCCAUAAGUCUAGUUUGACAGAUCACAUGGCAAUUCACACAGGGGAGAAACCCUUCAGCUGCUCUGAGUGUGGUAAAAGGUUUAGAUUGAAGAGCAAUCUGACCAUUCACAUGACGAUUCACACUGGAGAGAAACGUUACAGCUGUUCUCAGUGUGAGAAAAGAUUUACUUAUAGGACUGGUUUGACAUAUCACAUGACAACUCACACAGAUGAGAAACCCUUCAACUGCUCUGAGUGUGGUAAAAGGUUUAGUACUAAGAUAAGUCUGACCCAACACAUGAUGGCUCACAGAGAGAAACGCUACAGCUGUUCUCAGUGUGAGAAAAGAUUUACCCAUAAGUCUAGUUUGACAUAUCACAUGGCAAAUCACACAGGGGAGAAACCUUUCAGUUGCUCUAUUUGCUGUAAAGCAUUUAAACAAAAAGGAAUCCUGGCCUCACACAUGUUAGUUCACUUAGUAGAGAAACCUUUCAGCUGCUCAGAGUGUGAGAAAAGGUUUAGUACUAAGAGAAAUCUGAACAGUCACAUGAUGAUUCACACUGAAGACAGACGCUACAGCUGCUCUUGGUGUGAGAAAAGAUUUACCCGUAAGUCUAGUUUGACAAAUCACAUGGCAAAUCACCCAGGUGAGAAACUCUUCAGCUGCUCUAAGUGUGAGAAAAGGUUUAGAAAUAAGAAAAAUCUGACAAAUCACAUGACGAUUCACACUGGAGUGAAACGCUACAGCUGCUCUCAGUGUGAGAAAAGAUUUACCCAUGAGUCUAGUCUGUCAAAUCACAUGGCAAUUCACAGAGAGAAAUCCUUUAGAUGCUCUGAGUGUGGUGAAAGUUUUAGCAAACGAAUAGAUCUGACGACACACGUGCAUACGGGAGAAAAACCCUUCAGCUGCUCUCAAUGUGGAAAACAAUUUAAAAAGAAGGGGAAUCUGACCCGACACAUGGUAGUUCACACAGGGAAGAAACGUGUCAGCAACUCUGUUUGCAGUGACAGUUUUACUCAAACAGGAAGUCUGUCCACAAACAUGUUAGUUCACACAGAAGAGAAACCUUUCAGCUGCCUUGAGUGUGAGAAAAGAUUUACCUGUGAGUCUAGUUUGACAUAUCACAUGGCAAAUCACACGGGAGAUAAACUCUUCACUUGCCUUGAGUGUGAUACAAGAUUUUACCUGCAAGGAAGUCUGACCAGACACAUGUUGGUGCAUACAGGAGAGAAACCCUUCAGAUGCUCUGAUUGUGGUGAAAGGUUUAGUCGUAAAGGAAAUCUGACCAGUCACAAGAUGAUUCACACUGGAGAGAAAUGCUAAUCCUGUGCAAUUUACCUUAAGUGGAAUUCUGGCCACACACGUGAGGUCAUACAGAAGAGAAACCCUUCAGCUGCUCUGAAUGUGAGAAAAUAUUUAAGCAAAAAGUGCAUCUGACCACUCAAAUGAUGAUUCACACUGGAGAUGAAUGCUAGUCCUGUGCAAUGGUAAAAGUGAUCCAAAGGAAUACAAAUUAACAUCACUGAUGUGUAUUCAUAAGUAUGUAUUGACUAACAGAUGUAUAACUGCUGUUAUAAAGGGAUAUAAGACAAUUCUAUUGACAGAAAUCUGUCUACUUUUUUGACAUGGAUGUUUUGUUGCUGACAUACGAACCAGUAAAAUGACAUUUGAAUUGGAAGGGUUAAUAUGAAACAGUUACAGUGUAAGUAUCCUUCUCUCCUGAUAUCUUCUCUUCUUUCUGUCACUCUGUUUCCUUGGAGGCCUGUGUGUUGGGUAGCACAAGUUCUUCAGACAGCUCAUGUGUAACCUUGUAAUAAAUAAACUGAUGUAGAGUGAGAAAGA